AGAUUGAAUCUGCUCCCACUUUCCUUUUUCGAUCUAAAAGACUCAAACCCUUAAAUUUUUUCAAUUCUUUUCCUCCUCUCAUGGAAGAGCAGACGCAUCCCUUUCUUCUCACACGGCAGCUCAGGCAAGCCAUCUCUCGUCUCCGAGCAGCAACAGCAGCAGCAGCCGCCACCUCUCCCCUUUCGCUGCUUCCUUCUCCGAUCAACGAAGUCGGCACAACCACUUUUUCCUCUUUCUCUCCCCUCGCCUUCUCCUCUCCUCUUCUCCGGCGAGAAACAUCAGCAAGCAGCAGCCGGAGAGAAUCGGGAAGCGCCGCCCUCUUCCCUCAUCUCCUUCUUUCGCAUCCGCGAAACAGUAGACAACAACGACACCAAACGCUACUCCGACUAGCGAAGAGACACACUCUGGUCAAUUACAACAACAACCAUGGAUACCAAAAGAUGUAUCGGAAAUCGAAAAGCUCGAGAUUAGAAAAGUUCGGAAGUAUUGAGGAAUGAAAAAGCAUUGGAGAAAUAGUUGCUUGACUUCAGUUCUU